CACUUGUCCUUUCCUUCCCCCCCCUUUUUUUCUCUAGGUUCACCGAUCUCGAUGCCAACUUCUAAUAAAGAACGCUACAUGUUGUUGAAAGUCGAAAGAUGUCCGUCCUUGUCCGUCCUUUCUGUUUAUUCUUUCUGUAAUAAGUCAUCAAUACCAACGCGCUCACGUUUAACUAUAUCUUACUUUUGAGAGCCAUGUGUUCGUCACGUCCAGAAGUGCCAGGCGUCGGGCCCUCGGACUUUGAUCCUGUCACCUUCCUUCAAGCUUCAUUAUUCGUGUCAAAAAUGUUCCUCCUUCGCCUACGCCUGAGGACUCUCGGUCUCUGCCUUCGCAAGAACAUCACCCACCCUGCGAUACAUCAGGUAUUUGGCUUCUCCUCGUCGCGUUGGGCGGCGAACUACAGAGUGAUGCAGAUUGCAAGACAGGAGGUGUCGCAGGAGAUCCUGGUGAUGCAGAGGUCCCUCCCAUGUCUCAUGACGUCUAUUUUCGGUACUAACUUCGCCACUCAUCCCUCCUAUGUCUUCCUCAGCAAGUCUGCCCACCUCCUCCUGGAGUCUUCUUGGAAGCUUAUCAUCUCCUCCGCAACCGCAGAAAAGCGAGUUAAUCAGAGCCCUGCGCUGGAACCUCCUCUCAACCUCUCCGACACCACCCUUUCGGCAAAUGCUGAGUCAGUUCUCUCAAGAGGCCCGAAGUUUGCCCCAGCGUAUGAACCGUCGCGAAUCGACCAGCUGGCUGCUGUUCACCAAGUCGCCUAAAAAAUUCCUGAACCUGAACGACAGGAUUUCCUCGCGACGGGUUCGCGGGUGGUGUGCAGAUACGGGAGGGCUCCACCUUCAAAACUGGACUUUUUGGAGGUGGUUGACGAGCUCAGGCGCUCAGAGCUGAAACUCCUGGAGGCUGACAAGACGGGUGUGUUCGUUGUUAUGACCGCCGGGGACUUCAACAACAGACUGGGUGCAGUUCUCGACAAAAACUUCACGAAAAUGAAGUCCAGACCAUCGGGGUCUCUCCGCACAGAGGCCAAAACUAUCUGCAAAGCCAACAAGCUCACCUUUCUUCUCAACAAACUGUCAAAACCAUCGGAUCAGUACCUGCGGGUUUUCUUCACGGCAAAAACACACAAACAGAACACCCCUUUCAGAGGCAUUGUAUCCGAGAGCGGCUGCUGGCAGAGGCACCUGGCUCUCUUCCUUCAGAAACAUUUGACAGCUGUCCCUCUAGAUCAGCCUUUUCGGGUCGGAUGUUCCCUCGAGGUUCUGCCAUAUCUCCGGGAACUGCACUCAGCUGGGCCGGACGUCGCCAUGUUUUCCCUCGAUGUCACCGACAUGUUUUACAGCCUCGACGUGGUGGUUCUGAUGGAUUGCAUUGAACGGGCUGUCACGCAAUCCGGAGUGGCCAAGUUCCAAAACUCAACUGGCAUCACACUCGAGGCGUUCCUACGGCUCGUCGACGUAUACCUAAGAUCCACCCUUGUGGAACACCAAGGGAACAUCUACAGGCAGAAGUCAGGCGUUUGCAUCGGUUCCUGCUUGGCCCCUGUUCUAAGCGAAUUCUACAUGUCAUCGGUGGACUUGGCUGUGGAGAGGGAGCUCGGCGUCGAGGCGCCGGGAACCAAGGUAUUUCGGUUCGUUGACGACUACCUCGUACUCCACACAGCCGGCACCACUUCCGCCUCCAUCGAGCAGGUUUUCUCAACCCACUCUCAAGGCCUCAAGUUCACCAGUGAGGACCCUUCGGACGGGGAAUUGCAGUUCCUCGAUCUGCGCCUGCACACCAAUCCCAAUGGACUCUGCUGGGGUUUCCAGCAGCGGACCAAGAAGCCCGUUCUACCGUUCGGAAGCAACCACUCAAAAACUGUGAAGUCCGGAAUUGUAAGAUCCCUCCUUUCCUCAUCCCGUACCAAAUCUUGCUCCCACUUUUCUCAAACCAGCUUAACCGCCCAAAUCUGUCGCCUCCGAAAGGCGGGCUAUCCACGCGACCUCCUUGUGACAUCCCUAAAGUCUCUAAUCUCCCAGCCUCACCCCGACCGCGCCAGACUGCCUCGACCAAAAAAGUUUGCGGUAAUACCUUACCACCACAGCACAUCACAUCGCCUGAGGGCAGCGGCCCGCCGGUAUGAUGUCGAUGUGGCCUUAUCAUGCCGGUUCCGAUUAGGCUCCAUGUGCCGCCUCGUGAACGACCCCCAGCGCCGUUCACGAGCAGGGUGUGCAAAGAAACACAAAACACCCUUCAUUUCCUGCGCAACUGGACGCGUGUACUCCAUUCCCCUGUCGUGCGGCGCCGAGUAUAUCGGUCAAACGGGCCGCUGCGUGAAUGACAGGCUGGGCGAGCACGACAGGGAAAUAAAAAAAGGGGACAUUGAGUCCCAGCAUCCCUUUCUCCGCCAUAGAGGCGCAUGUUCUUCGUGUGAGCCCCGGUUUCACAACGCGCGGAUCCUGGGCUCACAUAGAGACCGCUACGGACGCGAGAUAAUUGAAGCUUACGCCAUGCAGCAGGCAUCUCAAAACAUUUCGUCUCCCUCGCUUGUCCUUUCCGAGAGGGAGGCGGCUUAUUUGCGCCCCCAACUUGCGGCCUUGACGCGGGCCCGGGGGGCCCUUGCUCCCUGACAGUGCGGUGAUGCGGCGCCGCUCUGUGUCUCGAGAUGACCCCUCUUCUCCUUCCCCUCCUCCUAAUCUUAACGGGCUAACAACUUCCCGACUUUCUCAUGCCGACCCCCCUUCUUGUCCCACUGGGCUAACAAUUCCUCGCUCCUCCGCUGCCCCGAUUCUCUCUCCCCCUCUCCCUCCCUUGUUUCACUUUCUCUUUCCUUCCCCCCUUUUACUCCUUUCCCUCUUCCCUCUCCCUCCCUUCUGUCACUUGUCCUUUCCUUCCCCCCCUUUUUUUCUCUAGGUUCACCGAUCUCGAUGCCAACUUCUAAUAAAGAACGCUACAUGUUGUUGAAAGUCGAAAGAUGUCCGUCCUUGUCCGUCCUUUCUGUU